AUGAAUCAAACUGCCAUCAAAAUUGAUAUAAAUACCAUAGAUCAUGCUGCUACUGAAAUUGAUAUAACUAUCAUAGACCAAGCUGCUAUUAAAAUCAGUAUGAAUAUUAUAGACCAGGCUGCUACCAAAAUUA